GCGGCUCUUUUCUUUAAGCCGUUCGCUGUGGAGGUCUUUUUCUUUACUUGGUCUUGUUUUACUCAGUGAAAGAAUGCGAAAGUUUCCAGAGAGCAGCUGGAUGAAAUUUGGUCCUGCUGGGAGAGGAUCUUACGACUGGAUGGCAGGAUCUUCAUCACCACCUCCUGAGGAAAAACAGCUGCAGGGUUACCACUGGAAUGAGCUAUUAACUGACCAGGAUGCGAAGACUGAGAUCGUCUUGUACGUUAUCCUCCCAUUGGUGCUGCUCUUCAUCUUCUGCCUGACAGCCUUCCUGAUCUACCAGAGAUGCUCACGCAACAAGCUCAGUUUGGCCAACAUCAUUGCACUGGACCUUCAGGACGCAGACAGCAGUGCUGAGAUUCUUGCUUCGCUCACGGCCAAUGCCGAGCGUCUGAACAGCACCAGCUCUGACACGUCCGAUGGCGUUUUCCUGAUGGUCUACCUUCCACCGCCCUAUGAGGAAACCCUGACCAAGAUAACCCGCGCUGCAAGCCUCACCAGCGGCAAAGAUGUGGAAUCCAUAAAGAUGGAAGAUCUUGAGGCCAAACUGUGUCCAGAACUCAAAUCCAGCGGGCAUUACGUGUAACCAAGAGUCUCAAAUAUGUCUUUUAAACAGUGGAACAGUAAAAACAAGCCAGUAGCCUGAACAAGACGUGACGGUACAGUGAUUGAGACUUUUAAUCUAGAGUUCUGAGGAGUGAAAAAAAGUCAUACUAGAUCACAUCUGUAUUGUCACCAUCAUAUAAAUGUUUCUCUUUUGCCCUACUAAAGGAGAAGGCAGUCACUGAUGCCUAGACAAACAAAUAGUGGCUAAAGAAUAAGAUAUAGAGUUGCAUGUUGAAUUGAUUGAAAUAAAUGCAUUGGUAGCCAUCCAAAAAAUAAAAUAAAAUAAAAACAUUUUAGUUGAAAUCUAAGGCUAUCUUCUAAAAUAUGUAUUGAUAAUAUUCACAUUCAAUGUACAUUAACACCAGUGUAAAACCUCCGUGCUUGUGCAUUAUGUGUAAUUAUCAAAUAUGAUCAUGUGAACUACAGAAUGGAUGUUUUUUUGGUUUUUUUGUAUAAUCAGAAAAUACAGUUUUAAAAACAUCAGGCCAAAUUUAAAUGAUUUCAUCAAUCAUCUUAAAACAAGUGUAACUGUCCUAGUGAGCUAUCCACUCCAG